AAUUCUUUUGAAUACCCCAUAACAGCUCCCAGGCAUGGGGGUUGGCGCACUGACGAGCUUCCGGUAAGGUCUGUGGACAGGACCCUCCAUGCACUGAUCUCCUCAGGCAUUUAGCGGGGCACUGUUCAGAUGUAACCAGAUGCAUCCAGCUAUUUCCAUCGUCAUCUAAGAUUCCGGCCAAACCACAGUAGUGCUCUACGACACCACGACACCACCAGACCUGACCAAUCUUACACGAUCUCAUUGAACCUCCAAACUUGCUUUCGUCCUUCUCCCAAAUCUACUGCUUGACUGUGUCACGCUCAAUCAACCUGUUGCAAAACACAUCAUCAUCAUCAUGGCAUCGACAGCAGUAAUAUCUACUGAUGACGCCCUCGAGCCGACGCUCCAAUCGAUCCUCGACCAAAAGACACUGCGCUGGAUCUUCGUCGGUGGCAAGGGUGGCGUAGGAAAGACGACGACCUCGUGCUCCCUCGCUAUCCAGCUUGCGAAAGUGCGACGCUCCGUCCUCCUCAUCUCGACCGACCCCGCGCACAAUCUGUCCGAUGCCUUUUCGCAAAAGUUCGGCAAGGAGGCACGCCUCGUAAACGGCUUCGACAAUUUAAGCGCCAUGGAGAUCGACCCCAAUGGUAGCAUCCAGGACCUUCUGGCGGGACAAGGCGGCGAGGAAGCAACCGAUAUGGGCGGCGGCAUGGGGGGCAUGAUGCAAGACCUGGCAUUCGCGAUCCCGGGCAUCGAUGAGGCCAUGAGCUUCGCCGAGGUGCUCAAGCAAGUCAAGAGCCUGUCGUACGAGACCAUCAUCUUCGAUACGGCCCCCACGGGCCACACGCUUCGCUUCUUGCAGUUCCCCUCUGUGCUCGAGAAGGCCCUGGCCAAGAUCUCGCAGCUUUCGUCGCAGUACGGCCCCUUGCUCAACGGUUUCCUGGGGUCCAACGGCGCGCUGCCCAACGGGCAGAACCUCAACGAGAUGAUGGAGAAGCUCGAGGGGUUGCGUGCGACGAUUAGUGAGGUCAACACGCAGUUUAAGGACGAGAAUCUGACGACGUUCGUGUGCGUGUGCAUUGCUGAGUUCUUGUCGUUGUACGAGACAGAGCGCAUGAUACAGGAGCUGGCUACAUAUGGGAUUGAUACCCACUGCAUCGUCGUCAACCAGCUGCUGUUCCCCAAGCAGGGGAGCCAGUGCGACCAGUGCAACGCGCGACGGAAGAUGCAGAAGAAGUACUUGGACCAGAUCGAGGAGUUGUACGACGAGUUUAACGUCGUCCGGAUGCCGUUGCUGGUGGAUGAAGUCAGAGGCAAGGAGCGGCUGGAGAAGUUUAGUGAUAUGCUGGUGAACCCGUAUGUACCCCCGGAGUAGAAUCGGUGUACACGAAGAAAAGGAAUUUGGCAUGGCCUGGUAGAUGGGACAGACGAUUGGUGUUCCAUCGUCACGCGGGUCUUGCUUAAUGACUGGCCGACUGGCAUGGCUCUCUUGCUUCAAGUUCUCACCCUUUAGGCCAGGGUGUUUUAGUUCCGCACAAGUGAAGAUACUCCAGUACACACAAGCACAUCACAUCGCGGGCUCGCGACUAAUAGAACAAGAAGCCACGUAAAAUUGAUACCCAUUUUCUGGUUCAGAAUGC